AUGAGUUCCAUAUCAGUUUGGUGCGAAAGGCAAACGGCAUCCUUUACCAAAGCUUUCAAAAAGAGAUUUGUAACCUUUGAACAGGAGUCACGCAGGUUAUCCUACAGUGAAGACGACCGCAAACCACCAAAGGAUGUUCUUAUUAUAACUAAAGUGGUGAGAUGCUGCCAGGUAAUGGAAGUAAAAAUGUCAGAGUUAUUUACUUUGAUGAUUGAUGGAAAUCAUGAAGAUGGCAGAGAAGAUCAGUGGACCCUCCGCAUGCCAAGUCGUCAGGUCUUUGAAGAGUGGAAUGAAAUCCUUUGGAAUGCAUGCGCUGCUGCUGGAUUAAUGGAACCAUACAACUGUGGCUUACCUCCUGUUGAUCCACGUACAAACGUGGCUUUUGCUCAAGUUCCAUUGGAGUAUCUUUUUAAGUUCGCUGUACUUGAGAAAGCCGUUAUCCACUUCUUUGCUUCUGUCACAUUAGUGACACCAUUGGUGAAAAAGGAUAGUCAACCAGGUCAGCACAUUUUGGUAGUGGGAGACAAGGCUAUUUACAUAUUUAAUCAAGGUGCUCUUAUCAUGUACUGCAGUUUGAUCAGUCAUAUACGCAAGAUUCACCACGGGGCUGAUGCAACAUUUUUCGCUAUACAGAUAAAAUCCCCAGCACCAGACAUUGUGGUAAAAGAUUUCUCAGAAGGUGUACAACUUGCAUCAAUUCUGAGUAGAUUGUUUCAAGUAACUACUGGAAAGAGGUUAAACAUCAUGCCUAUUAACGUUCCCACCGCUGAAUUACUGGUGGAUUCACAACAGCUACGUCUGAGUGGGGAUGAAGGAUAUAAAUUAAAAGCUGUUCCACCAAGUACCAAGAUGCGUCUUCGUCAGGCAAUCGACGCAAACAGAGAAGCCACAGGUGGAGUAUCUAAUGAGAAUGAAAUACAGCAACCUCAAGAUAUGGGGGAGGUUGCAGGUGCUCUUGAUAACACAGACAUUGAUUCUGCAGAUCCUCUUACGAAACUCCUCCACCGUAUUGGACUUCCACAAUAUGGUCCUACGUUGCUGAGUCAGCAUGUUGAUUUGGACGUUUUGCAGUGUAUGGAUGCCUCCGAUUUAAUGACUUUUGGAGUCACAAAUGAAUCUCACUGUCAUAAGAUUCUUAACGCAGCCCUGAAUUCAGAAAUGGAUGACCUUAACAUCACAAAUGAGAAGCUGACAGCAUCAACUGCUCCUGCUGUCUCAACUACUAUUCCACAGAAGAGUGGCGUGGGAGUCACGCUGAGCGACGAUGAUGAUGACUUUGAUCUUGUUAUUCCUCCCCCACGACAAGGAGGAGUGGUGCUAGAUGAUGACUCUGAUGAAGAUCCCCUCGCUUCUAAACCUGCAGCGAGAGGUGCUGCCAACCCGGCUAUAAUUAUCGAUGAUGAUGAUGACCUCUAA